CGGCUAGGGAGGCGUCGGCUAUCCUGCUUUACUGCCGAGGGCGAUUUCACCAGCGCCGUCACCUUGCGAAAGUCGUGACUAGGGCUAGCUGGGAAGGCAACGACGGGAUUGCGGUCUCCGCUCCUGCCCGAAACAAUCGAUCAAAAGAGGCGAGAAGGCAACCAUUGUCUUUCCUUCCACCUCCUUCGCGAGCUUUUAGCUUGUUUUAAGUCCCGCAAUUACAAAUAAAGAUAUUUACAUAAGUUUGUGUGGUGAUCUGAAUAUAUAUUAAUUGUGAAGUAUAGCCAUGUUAUCAGCUUCUCGUUUCAUCUACCAGUCUAGAAAGUUUUGCAGUAGCAUGGACCAUGAGCAUGAAAACUUGGAAAGUCAAAGAGGUUAUCAGAGGAUUUUAUAACAUCUUUUGAGAGCUAUGGAACUUUGAUAGAGGAAAAGCUUUCGUGCUUGAGAGAUGUGUAUGUUACAUUAGUUUCUUCAGAGAAGAUUCCCUGUGCUGAUUUGAUGUCAGCAGUUGCAAAUAUUCAUGAUGAUAUUAUUACUUACGACACUGUUGGGCAGAGCCUGGUAAAAUAUAGUAGGAAAUCUAUGCGUUUUUCCCAGAUUCAUUUCUCAAAUGUGGGCGUCCUUGGUGUGCCAUAUUGGUUAAGUUGCCCUAUUGAAAGAGUUUUCAACAGUGGUCGCGAUUUAAGACGGUCAAUUGAACAUGUCCGUAACUUCAGUGUGCUUCCAGGACGGUGUGAUGUAAGGGUAAAUGUAGAAAUACCAAAAGGCACUGUAUUAGCCACACCAGGCGUCAAGCAAGAGGAUCUGCUGUUGAGGUUUCUAUGUUUGAGAAAGGUGACUCACUUGAAGAGAAGGUUGGUGUUGCUCAGCAAUGGUUUGAUGAGUUGGAUAACCUUGCCUUUGCAAAUCCUGAAUUUGAAAGCCUGGAAUCUAGUGAUGAGGUUGAUGUUAAAUCUGCAAACAAAAGUUUCGAAGACACGGGGAAGGUUCAUUUUAACUGUGCUGUCAAUGUUAGCCCUGGUACUAGUGAGGUUAAGUAGUUGUUUCCGCAGCUCUUUAUUUGAAGCCAAACCCAGCAUUAAGUUUCGAAGAAGCAGCGAGUUUGCUAAAUUCACAGAAUCAUGAAAAUAGAAUGCUAGAGAGAGAAUCCUUCAAUUUAUUUCUUAAAAAAUGUGGGCAAAUUUCCGACAUAAUCUUCACAAAACCGUUGCAUCUAAGAAUAAAGUUGGAUUGUGGAGAUCAUCCCGCCGCUCCUACUACGAAAGAAACCAUCUUGACGGACACCAGAUUAGAGUUGAACGUGACUUUAGAAUAAUAAGGCAAAUUUACAUGCAUACCACACAAUUCUUAUGUAUUUACUCAUCUAACACCUUAAAUUUGACAUUUACAUUUGUGACAUCUUGGUGUCAUAAGAACACGCAUCAAAAAGCUGAAUUUCCGUUUUAAAAAGAUAGUAAUUGUGAUAUUUUUUAUAUGAUGUCAAAGGUAUCAGCCAUAUGCAUGUAAAUAUCAAACCUCAUAUGUUAGAUAUCUAAAUACAUAAGAAUUAUGUGGUAUGUUCGUAAAUGCUCCGAAGAAGAAUGGUUCCUUAGGCGCUUAAUGUAGUUCGUUCUCUUUUCUCUUUAUUUAUUCUUUCUUCCCUUGUUUUUGAGGUGAUUAUUGCAAAGUUUAGG